GAAGGUUUUUGGCCACAUCUGCGCUUCCAUUGCCGCCGUUUUCGUCGAUGCAGUCGGGUUCGAAGGCCUCGUUUCCACGGUGAUCCUGGUGAACUCAGUACUGAUCGGUUUGGAAACAGAGAGGUCUUCGAAGCGUGGUGCCGAGAUGGCCUUUCUCGUCAUCUACACUGCGGAGACCCUUGGCCGCUCCGUUGCGCAGCCGUGGGCUUGCUUACGAGAUGGGUGGUUCCUCUUUGACUUCUUCUUGGUGCUCGGGGCUUGCGCAGGGCAGCUGGCACUUGCAGGGACGCGAGAGUCGGCCGAAGAAAUCAUGGUCUUGCGGCUCCUGCGCUUAAUGCGGCUAGCUCGCAGUGUUCGCAUGAUCAAGCAGAUUCGAUCGAUUUUUCGGCUCGUUUACGGACUGAUCAAUGAAAGCAAGGCACAGGUGGAGAAGAUGAUUUCGCCACGAAUGAUCAGCCAACCCUACGACCGGCCCGAUCAUCACAAAGCACUCUUCCUCGUUGGGCAUGAGCCUCCGCUGCUCCUCUACUUGCCUGUCGGGGCCAUCGUGUCCAUCGCGCUCAUGAGCUUGAUCACGGCUGUGGCUCGUGGAAGGGGCACCCGAGAGUGCGCGACGAACACCUUCGACACGCUCGACGCAGAUGGGAAUGGCGAGAUCGACAUCGAGGAGAUGGCCCGCUUUGAUAGGCCAGGCACAGGAGGGGGCAGUGGCAUCAACCGCCGGAUCUUGGACCGUGCUGCGCUGGACAGCAUGGCGUUUGGAUGUGGACAGCUCUGGGCGGGUCUCUCGCGUGGAGUUUGA